AUGACCGAGGCAAGGGUUGUCCAAGAGGGCUUUCGCGAUAGGACAUUGGAGCCUCACACCUUUUCGAGCUUCAACAGAGGAUAUAAACCAAAAAUCCCCGUCUUGCAUCAUCAAUCACCAACAGCCUCGAGAUCAACAGAGUCGAUAACAACCUACAGCAACCACAACAACUACAUCGACAACGACACCGACAAAACAUCAUUCCUUUUUUCCAUACAACACUUUGUCUCAACCGUCAACCGGCAAACCCAAGCAACCAUGUCCACUCCUCGAAGCGGCGGUAGUGCGAGUUCCAGGGGUUCCAAGACUCCAGAGAAGACCCGGUCAUCCGUCUCACAGCUCAUCGACCAGCUCAACACCCACCGAGUCAACACUCUGACGGAGCUCUGCCGCAUCGAGCGCAUCGCGGCAACCUGCGACUCGGAGGCAGAGGCACGAGCCUUUCAGCAGCCCAUGACUUCGGCCUGGAUCCACUACGUAUCGAGCAACCAGUUCCUCACCGAGCUCCGCGGCCUGACCCGAAACUAUCCCCUGAGCGCCGACAUUGUGGCCGAGGCCCACAGGCGCGUUCGCUCGGACCCGGAGAGCAACCGCAGCUGGAACCUGGCGUGGCUGUGCCUGACGCGGAUGCGGGACGACGGGCUGGUGAGGAUCUUCUCGGACGCAGAGGCACGGAAGCCGGAGAUGUGGGGAGGCAAGGGCCCGAGCGAGAAGAUGGUGCAGCAGCUGGCGACGUGCUUCGAGGACGAGUGGAGGGCGGCCAUUGAGACGAUGCUGAGGCACUGGGCGACGCCGCCGACCUGGUACUGA